AUGGCGACCCAAGCUUCCAAGGACGAUAAUGAGCCCCAUCAUUCCAUGUUCUUCCCCUUGACGCCUCCACCCUUCUCAGGGACGCAGGAGGAAUUUGUGUCGAAUCGCAUUGCCGAUCUCAUGCGCCACCUUGGAAAGGUGUCACCGGACGAUAUACCUCCGCGAUACUAUUUGGUAUCGAAGGACGGCUCGCCCAUUGUGCCGCCACCCGUUGUACCGCCGCCCGAAGUUUCGGACCCAAAGCCUGCUGAACAGGCUAGGUCUAGGGCUAGCGACAUAUGGGGAGCAUCUUCGCAGGGUGCUCGCAAUGUCGGGUAUGACCCGCCGUCGCCUAAUCUCCCACAUCUCUCUGCCAACUUGCAGAGCCCUCGAUUUGUCGAUGCACUGAGGGCGGAGUUGCCCCAACUCAUCAGCAACGCGCCCCUCCACGAACUCCAAGAAGGGAUCAAGUACGUGGAUGCGCAGUCGCUUAUACCAAUUCAUUUUCCAGACGAAUCCAGGGCUCUCUAUACCCUGGAGAUUCAUAUCGAUGACGUCUUUUAUCUGUCUAUCGACACCGGAGGGCGUACAACGUGGUUUUUUGGCAAGAACUUUGGGAACAUACCUAGCCGCAAUCAAGCCACCUGCCCGUGGACCGAAACGGAACUUAUGGGGUUGAAGUUCAGAAGAACUGUUGUUCCCAUCGACCACAAAACUCAUAGGGUGCUCCCUUUCGAUACGCGUGGCACCCCUAAUGCACGCCAUCUUCCGAAUGGCAUCAUCAGGACCAAAUUUCCGUGCUGGUCCUGGAAAGACGGAAAGCCGGAUACAUAUCUCUUCGAACUCCCCUGCGUACUGGCCUUUGGCGCGAAUGAAGACCUCGCCCUCAGAAACUUCGACGGCAACAUCGGAUUAGGGGUGCCACCAUUGCGGAGGCCGGUGAAAGAUUUCAGCCAAUCCGGGCGUAGUAGCUAUCAAUUUUUCGACGCCUUGCAAUUGCCUCAUCUGCAGGUCUACGACUCUCAUCAAUUCUUGAUCAAGUUGAACCACCCAGAUAAGCUUGCUGCUUGCCAGGCAAAGAACGCCCUGGACUUCUUGUUCUUUGGCCCCGAAUUUCCCAGCCCGCUAGUACCCGAAUUUACCCCUCGUCUUCUCGUGACUUCUGUCGCUGGUGAACCAACCGAGACCCAGCCUGCGUAUACACACUGGAUGGUCGCCUUGGAGUCUAUUAGCCUCGUCGAUUCCAAGGGCAAGCACAUCAAGAUUCCAUUAGUCCGCCCUGAGCAACCAAAGACACAGGGUAAAGGUGAUAACCCACAUGGCCGGAUCGUAACCCCUUCAGCAACAUCUAGUACUCCGGCAACACCCCCUGCCGCGACGAACUAUUCCACUUACGAGGUCGCUCGUGUGGCACUUGAUUCAGGCUCGACUCUGACGUUCCUUCCCCUCCACGCGGUAGAAGCAAUUCGUGACUUAUGGUUGUGCAACAAAAAGGAAGUCCUAUCACUGAAGGAGAACGUGGAAGGCAAAGUCCAUCUCUAUUGUGGGCCGGAACGAAACCUCGAUCAGUGCGAUAUCAUCUUCACGUUUGCGGCCUUGGACGGCUAUAUUCGGACCGAGUUUCGGUGCCCCGCAAAGCCCUUCCUCAAGUCAAAGACUCCGUUGCCUUCAGAAGGUUCCCGACGCUCUCCGCAAUAUUUCCAAUGCAAUGUGUCUGCUUUCAAGUUAUCGGGAGUCCCGGAGCCCGCUUUCCACAUCCUUGGCCUGAACUUCUACUGGUCGUCCAUCGUCAAGCACUGCGGGCCGACUGAAGCGCACCCUCGUGCGUAUGUUCAGCUCGCGCCCCAGAGAGCGAUACGGUCGGAUGGUACUAUGGGCUCCGCGGAAGACUUCGAAAUACUUCCUCACCUGCCGCCAAAGUAUCUCAAGCGCUAA